AUGGACCACCAUGAAGGUACCAACCACAAUUGGUUGAUAUCAUGUGUACCACGAUGUACCAUGAAGGUUGAACACAUGAUGCUUGGAGAGACAUGGUACACACCGUGGCCACCGCAGCCGUCGCUCAUGGCUGGUUUCGGCCAUGGCACCCGGUUCAGGGCCUGGGUCACGCUCGCGCUGAGCGCGCUGGGCGUUGGAGAUCGAUGGCGGGCCUUGGUGGUCCCGGAGAAGAAGGGUGAGCUAGCGAAGCUCACUGAGCUCACUCCUGUGACGGAGGCGGAUGUGGACUGUCUGGAGCAGCGGCAUCUCUUUCUGCGCCCGGGGCAAUCUUGGGACCUCCAACGUCGCGCCGUGGGCGCUGGACACCGAUGCCGGCAUGGCUGGCCACAGGCUGUGGUGGUGGACCCCAUUUGGCCCGAUCACUGCCUGGGUGACCUGGUGCGUUUGACCUGUCCGCUGCUGGUGGAAGCCAUCGAUGCCUAUGAACGGCAGGGCGCCCUGCGAGGCUACAACGCGCGGCUGCAAGAGGAUGAGGAGUGGAAAGCACAUCUCCGCGAUGCGCACGUGGCACACCGUGCUUUGCGCCAGCAGCUGCUGUCCGAGAGGCCAGAGGAGAUGGCGAAGGUCCGUGCGCGGAUGGGCACUCAGCUGGUGGAGCUGAUCCUACAGACUGGGCUUUGCGGGAUGAAGUUCGACCAGGACCUGGUCGACGUGAAGUGUCUCCACGCGCAGGUGGGCGACGAGCUGACGCGGGGUUCCAACCCCGUUGGACGCCAGGUCUUAGCGGAUCUGGCUGAGGCAGGAGUGGAGAUUGAAGGCAACGAGCUUUGCUGCGACCACUGCAAUGUGCAGGUGCCUUUGUCGGAGGCUCGUUGGACCUUGAGCGUGGCCAAGAACAAGCUGGGGAAGCGCCUGCGGCGUGUGCGCCGCCAAGAGGGUCUCCCGCCGGCGGACGCCAAUGCUGCGCCGCGGCUGGCGACGUCGCCGCGGAUGCCACCGAAGAACUCCUAUCCGACCUCCAGGAAAGAUCCAUCGCUGGUGACUCAAGUGACCCUGCAGAGGCUGCUGGCCACCGAGCGUGACCGCCCACCGAGACGGCCGCGAGAGGUGGCACACAUGAGUGACUCUGCGAUGCAAGAGCUGAGCCGCCGCGUACGGCAGCUCCGGAACCUGCAGUGGGGCUUGGUGAACCAACACCUGGAGACGACGCGCGUGGCGUCGGCCGUCGGAGCUGGCGCGGUGACCGGCCUGGGCGGCGCGGUGAUGCCCAACGGGUCGAGGCCACUCACGAAUCUGCUGGCUGAGCAGUUGGCCGAACUCCGGCUGGAGCUGAAGCAGACGCUGUCCAUGCGACUGGAGCGACUGCAAUCGUCCAUGGAAGAGCGAUUGCAAGCCGUGGAGGAGUCGUGA